GGCUGAGGAGGAGGAGGGAGGCCGAGGGGAAGCAAGCAGGCUUUGCCUUUUCUGGUAGUUCAGUGCUGAAAGAACAAGAAGGAAUCCCGUGAAGAGCUGAGACACAAACCGACUGCAUAAACUGAAACACGCUGCCGUUCAUGGACCAAACACCAGCUACUGCUGGGCUGCUGUGAGCAAACAGUGAGACAUUAAGAAGCUAGCGGGCAUCAUGGACGAUGACUUUGACCGCCGCAUGGAGCUGAGGAGGCAGAGGAGGGAGCAGAUGCGCCUGGAGGCCGAGAAGGUGGGUUACAACAAUGAUGAUGACGAGGAGGAAGCACGCGAGCGAAGGAGACGGGCAAGGGAGGAGAGGAAGAAGAUGAGGGAGUCGGACGAGUCCGGCACCACCGACAUGAACAACGCCGACAGUGGGAUGGAGAGCAUCAGUGCUGCGGGAGCGGAUGAUGAUCAGGCUCUGCUGGAGCGCCUGGCCAAGAGGGAGGAGCGCAGGCAAAAGAGAAUGAAGGAGGCCAUGGAGAGACAGAAGGAGCUGGACCCGGCUGUUACCUGCUCCAACGGCACCGACGACACAUCAGAGCAGCAGUCGUCCAGCACACAACAACACAGCGAAGAGAUGGAGGAGGAGGACAAGAAGGAGGAGGAACCUGCCCAGGGGGAGGUGGCAGAGACCGAAAGCAACUCCUGGAUGAAGGACGAAGAAGACAAGAAGAAUGAAACACAGGAACCUGUUGAGGAAUCAAGAACAGAGACAAUAAAUGAGGAGAAGCUCGAAGCUACAGCAACAGAUGUGACAGAAGCAGAUGCUGAUCUAGGAAUGAAAGACGCAGAUGAGGAAGCAGUUUCUGAUGUAAACAAGGAAAAAGAAGAAGAGAGGAGAAAGAAAGAGGAACAGCAGCAAAAAGAAGAGGAAGAGAAGCUAAAAUUAGAAGAAGAGGAGAGACAAAAAAAGCAGGAAAAACUUGAGAUGGAGGAAGAAGAAAGACACGAGAAGGAAAGAAAAAGAAGAGAAGAAGAGGAAAAACAGCAAAAAGAAAUGGAAGAGAGUCUCAGGAUGGAAGAAGAAGAAAAAGAAAAAGAGAAGAGAGAGACGGAGGAGAGAAUGAAACAAGAAGAGGAAGAAAAGCAGAGAAGGGAGAGGGAAGAGAUUCAGAGGAAAGAGGAAGAGGAGAGGCAGAGAAAGGAGAUGGAGGAGAAGCUGAGAAGAGAGGAGGAAGAAGAAAAACAGAAGAGAGAGCUGGAGGAAAAGAAAAAGAAAGAGGAGGAAAAGCGUAAAAAAGAAAUAGAAGAGAAGAAGAAAAAGGAGGAAGAAGAGAAGCAAAAGAAGAAAGAGCUGGAGGAGAAGAAGAAGAAAGAAGAGGAGGAGAGGCGGAAAAAGGAGAUGGAGGAGAAGAAGAAGAAAGAGGAAGAAGAGAGACGGAAAAGGGAGAUGGAGGAGAAGAAGAAGAAAGAAGAGCAAGAGAAGCAGAAGAAGGAGGCUGAGGAGAAGAAGAAAAAAGAGGAGGAGGAAAAACAAAAGAAAAAGAAAGAAGAGGAAGAGAAACCAAAGAGAUUUGGAUUUAAGGAAAAGAAUGAAGCAGCCGCGCGGAACGAAGCUGUCACUGAGAGUAAACUCCGGAAAACAGAGAAGACAUCAAGGGACCCGCCCUCCUCCAAGGCCGAGGACCUGGAGCGGCAGGAGGCCGAGCGCAAGCUGCAGGAGCUGAAGCGCCGGCGAAACCACGCGGAGAGCGAGGAGUUCGAGAAGAUGAAGCAGAAGCAGCAGGGGGCCGAGGCCGAGCUGGAGGACCUGAAGAAGAAGAGAGAGGAGAGGAGGAAGGUGCUGGAGGAGGAGGAGAGGCGGAGGAAGCAGGAGACGGAGGACAAGAAAGCCAAGGAGCAGGACGAGAAGAGGAGGAUGAGAGAGGAGAUAGAGAAGAGGAGGGCGGAGGCUGCAGAGAAGAAGAAACAGAAGGAGGAGGAGGCUACAAAACCGGCCUUCGCCGUCAGCCCCAAAGGCUCCUCAAAGAUCGGGGCAAAGGCCGAAUUCCUGAGCAAGUCAGCGCAGAAAAGCACUGCAUCCAGGGCGUCGCACACCCCCAUCGUCUCCAAGAUCGGCAACAGACUGGAGCAGUACACGUCCGCCAUCCAGGGAAACAAGGAAUCCCCCAAAACCCCGAAGUCUCCAGUGGCAGAUGUUCCCGCAGGAGGCACGCGCAGCAUCAAGAGCAUGUGGGAGAAAGGGACGGUGGGCGGCUCCUCCGAGAGCGCGGCGCCGGCCAGCAAGGAUGUGGCUGGCAUCAGAGGGGGCGUGGCCGGACGCGUCAACAGCUGGAUGGCCAAACCCGCGGAGGCUGAGAAGACGCCUGCACCCGCAGCGGCACCCGCAGCGGCACCCGCAGCGGCACCCGCAGCGGCACCCGCAGCGGCACCCGCAGCCAAGGCCGCGGACGUGAAACCAGGCGAGGCCGCUUCCAAACGCAGCCCGUGGGAAGCGAAGAAGAGCCCCGCACCUGCAAAGGUUUCUUUCGGGGCCAAGAGCAAGUUUGUCACAAAUGGUCACAGAGAGGACGAAGCACAAGAGGAAGCACAAGAGGAGGCACAAGAGGAAGCAACAGACGAGUCCAGGCCCAAACCCAAGUUUAUGACAAAUAUUACUGCUCCCAAAAUCCCUGAUGGAGAAAAAGUGGACUUUGAUGACAUCCACAGGAAGCGUCAGGAGAAGGACCUGUCUGAGCUGCAGUCGCUCAUAGAAGCUCACUUCAUCCAGAGGAAGAAGGAGGAGGAGGAGCUCAUCGCACUCGUCAACAGGAUUGAGAAGCGUCGAGCCGAGAGAGCGGAGCAGCACAGGAUCCGAGCAGAGAGAGAGAAGGAGAGGCAGGCCAGGCUCGCGGAGGAGAAGGAGCGCAAGGAGCAGGAGGAGCAGCGGAGGAGGCAGGAUGAGGACGCCAAGAAGAAGAAGGCUCUGUCCAACAUGACCCAGCAGUACAGCGCUGGACAAAAGAGCGACAACAGGCGAGGCAAGAAACAAACCGAGAGGGAGAAGAAGAAGAAGAUCCUGGCUGAGCGCAGGAAGCCUCUCAGCGUGGAUCAUCUGAGCGAGGACAAACUCAAGGAGAAAGCCAACGAGCUGUGGCAGUGGCUGAUGGGCCUAGAGUCCGAGAAGUUUGAUCUCAGUGAGAAGCUGAAGAGACAGAAGUAUGACAUUAACCAGCUUCUUACCAGAGUCCAGGACCACCAGAGUGCUAAAGGCCGUGGCAAGGGCAAGAUGGGUGGCCGGCUCAGGUAAAGGAGCUACUGCACCAGACGGGACGAGGCGACAGUGUUACUAGUGACUGGCCCAUGUGUCUACUGUGUUUUGGAGCUAUACAGUAUACUGUAUGUGUUAAACGUCAUGACAUGACAACAAUAAAUAAGUCUUUACACCUGC